GAGAGUUCAGCUCGGACCUGUUUCGCUUUUAAGGCAAACUAAGGUCACUUCAGAACUUGUUGAUAGUCUUUAAGCGUUUACAAACACUUUGGCUGUAGUUACAAUCAGUUCGCUCUCGUCUUUUGGACUUGUGUGUCCAGAGCGCAACGCGUAAACAUUUACCUUCGCGGACACUGAAAGUCAGUGGAUUUGAUUUUAAGUUAGGCUAGUUAGUAGUUUACGGUGAUACUUCAGUAUCACCACUAACCUCUGUUGUCAGCCAUGUACAGCAUGCUGGAACACGACAUGAAGUCCGCCGUGCCACCGACGCACCAAAGCGCGCAGGGAAUGACCCAGCUGAACGGUGGACUGACGUACGGAGCCGCCAAACCGGCUGUCAACAACCAACAACAGAGUAUCGAUCCUAUGGACAAAGUUAAGAGGCCCAUGAACGCGUUCAUGGUCUGGUCUCGGGGCCAGAGGCGCAAAAUGGCACAGGAGAACCCCAAAAUGCACAACUCUGAGAUCAGCAAGCGCCUGGGCGCAGAGUGGAAGCUGCUGACGGACGCGGAGAAACGCCCGUUUAUUGACGAGGCCAAGCGGCUCCGCGCACUGCACAUGAAGGAAUACCCAGAUUACAAAUACAAACCCCGACGCAAGACGAAACCCGUGCUGAAGAAGGACAUCCCGGCUGCUAAGUAUCCCCUAUCAGCCGGCAACUUACUGGCGGCAGCCGCUGCUCAGGGAUCAGGUGGAAGCCCGCGGAUGGACAGCUAUGGCUGGGGUCACACAGGUGGCUACACUGGCAUGCAGACGGAUGCUCUGGGCUACAGUCAGCAGCUGCACCGCUACGAUCUGUCUGCCCUCCAGUAUCCUUCUACAAUGGCCACCGCUCAGACUUACAUGAAUGGUGCCAACUCCUACAACCCCAUGUCCUACAGCAGCACUUCCCAGCAGCCCAGCCCGGUCAUGUCCAUGGUGAAACCAGACCAGGUGUCUCACUCUCCCACCGGAGCCCACAGCCACCAGCGGGGUCCUUUACAAGGAGACCUGAGGGACAUGAUUAGCAUGUAUAUCCCUGGUGGAGACAGCACAGACAGUGGAGCACAGAGGGGCUAUUCCAACAUCCAACAGCAUUACCUCACCGGUACAGCACCUCUCACUCACAUCUGAUCAGGAAACUGUUAUUAUAUCUUCCUGUUUCGGGUCUGGAGGGCCACUGAUGUCGGUAGUAGAUGUGUGAACAUUAACUUGAUAUGUAAAAAAGGAUGAGGGUGUGUGGACACAUGGCCGAACUGGAAUCCCAAGGCAGCUGGACUUCUGGCCUUGUUGAAGUGCCUCAGAUUAUUGUGUGAAAUGUGUGUCGCCCCUUUCUGUCACAUUUUUUUUCUUUAAGGUCCAUGUCUUUGU